UGCGCUUAUCAGCGGGGAGGUACAGUAGAGAUCGAGGAGGAAACUUUGGCGCAAUUCGGCUGAAAAGUUCCCACAUCAAAAAUGUUCGAUUACAUUCGCGGGCUAAUUCGAAGCUGUAUUGACAACAUCCUCAAUAUCAUCUUCAGUCUUUUCUUCUCAAAGAAGAAGCUUCCUAUAACUCUUGAGGACCCCAAUGUCAAGUAUGCCUUGCGGCUUGUGGACAAAGAGAUCAUAAGCCAUGACACCAGGAAGUUCCGUUUUGCCCUGCCCUCUCCAGACCACGUCCUGGGCUUGCCCAUCGGCCAACACAUUUACCUGUCUGCCAAGGUGGAUGGGAACCUGGUGGUCAGGCCCUACACACCUGUGUCCAGUGAUGAUGACAAGGGUUUUGUAGACCUGGUUAUCAAGAUUUACUACAGAAAUGUCAACCCCAAGUUCCCUGAGGGUGGAAAGAUGUCUCAGUACCUGGAGAGCCUUCGCAUCGGAGACACGAUCGACUUCCGCGGGCCGAGCGGGCUGCUUGUUUAUAAGGGCAGGGGAAAGUUUGCCAUCAAGCCAGACAAGAAGUCGGAGCCUGUAAUCAAGACAGCCAAGCACGUGGGCAUGAUAGCGGGGGGAACAGGAAUCACACCAAUGCUGCAGAUUAUAAACGCCGUGAUGAAGGAUCCGCAGGAUGACACCAUGUGUUACCUGCUCUUUGCCAACCAGACAGAGAAGGACAUCCUACUGAGGCCGGAGCUGGAGGAGAUCCAGGCCAAUCACCCAUCCCGCUUCAAGCUGUGGUUCACCCUGGACAGGGUGCCUGACGACUGGCAGUACAGCCAGGGCUUCAUCAAUGAGGACAUGAUCAGAGAACACCUGCCCCCGCCGGCCGACGACACCCUCAUCCUGAUGUGCGGACCCCCUCCCAUGAUUCAGUUCGCCUGUAACCCCAACCUGGACAAAGUGGGCCACAGCAGCAGCAGGAGGUUUACCUUCUAACCCCCCCCCCACCACC